GGGGAGGGGGAGUGGUGGCGGCGGCGGCGGGCGGGCGGCUCCCGCUUCAGCCUCGGCAGUGGCGUCGGCGACGGCGGAGUCGAGGCAGCCGCGAGCGCUCGGCCGAGGGGCGGCGGGCGGCGACGGCGCAGGAGCCGGGGGUUGAGGACGCGCGCGCUGGCCCUUCCGCGCCACGGCCGCCGCCGCCGCCGCCACCCAGAGCCUGAGGCGCGGGCGAGCGGGUGGGCCGGGGCAGGGCGGGCAUGGCGCGGACCCCGGGCCCGGCCCCGUCGUGUCCUGGAGGCGGCCGAGCACAACUUUCCUCGGCGUCUCCCCCCGCGGCCGGGCUGCUGCUGCUGCCGGCCCCGACGCCGCCGCCGCCGCUGCUGCUGCUGCUCGUUCCCCUGCUGCUCUUCUCCCGGCUGUGCGGUGCCUUAGCUGGAUCAGUUAUCGUGGAGCCACAUGUCACAGCAGUGUGGGGAAAGAAUGUUUCAUUGAAGUGUUUAAUUGAAGUGAAUGAAACUAUAACACAGAUCUCAUGGGAGAAGAUACAUGGCAAAAGCACACAGACUGUUGCAGUUCAUCAUCCUCAGUAUGGAUUUUCUGUUCAAGGAGAUUAUCAGGGAAGAGUCUUGUUCAAAAACUAUUCACUUAAUGAUGCCACAAUAACUCUGCAUAACAUAGGCUUCUCAGAUUCUGGAAAAUACAUAUGCAAAGCUGUUACAUUUCCACUUGGAAACGCCCAGUCCUCUACAACUGUGACUGUGUUAGUUGAACCCACGGUGAGCCUGAUAAAAGGACCAGAUUCUUUAAUUGAUGGAGGAAACGAAACAGUAGCAGCCAUUUGUAUAGCAGCCACUGGAAAACCUGUUGCACAGAUUGACUGGGAAGGUGAUCUUGGUGAAAUGGAAUCUACUACAACUUCUUUUCCAAAUGAAACAACAACGAUUGUCAGCCAAUACAAGCUGUUUCCCACGAGAUUUGCUAGAGGAAGGCGAAUCACUUGUGUUGUAAAACAUCCAGCCUUAGAAAAGGAUAUCCGAUACUCUUUUAUACUAGACAUACAGUAUGCCCCUGAAGUUUCAGUAACAGGAUAUGAUGGAAAUUGGUUUGUGGGAAGAAAAGGUGUUAACCUCAAGUGUAAUGCUGAUGCAAAUCCUCCACCCUUCAAGUCCGUGUGGAGCAGGUUGGAUGGACAAUGGCCCGAUGGUUUAUUGGCUUCAGACAAUACUCUUCACUUUGUCCAGCCAUUGACUUUCAAUUAUUCUGGCGUUUAUGUCUGUAAAGUGACCAAUUCCCUUGGUCAAAGAAGUGAUCAAAAGGUCAUCUACAUUUCAGACAUCCCGCUUAAGCAGACCUCAUCCAUCGCAGUGGCUGGAGCUGUGAUUGGGGCUGUCCUGGCCCUGUUCAUCAUCGCUGUCUUUGUGACUGUGCUGCUGACACCACGGAAGAAGAGACCAUCCUAUCUUGACAAAGUAAUUGACCUUCCACCUACACACAAGCCACCCCCUGUGUAUGAAGAACGAGCCCCUUCUUUGCCUCAGAAGGAUCUUCUGUGCCAGACUGAACACUUGCCUUUGCAGACUCAGUUCAAAGAAAAAGUUGCUGAUGGUCUUCAACCCUCUAAUGGACUAAAUAGCAGGAGAUUUGACUACGAAGAUGAAAACACAGUGCAAGAAGAUGGGACUCAGCAGAUGUACCCCCUUUAUAACCAGAUGUGCUACCAAGACCGAAGCCCUCACAAACAUCACCCAAGCAACCCCAAGAGACUCUAUAUCAACCCACGAGAACAUUAUGUGUGAUUUUCCUCUUGUUAUAAUGGGUGUUCUAACAAAUGUUUAUUCUUGGACUUGAGAGAGAAACUGAGGCAUCUAAACGAUUUCAGUCUAAGUGUGUUGGAACUCUCGAUGACUCGGAGCUAAUAGUGGAUGUCUUAACUUCAUUAAGGGUUUCUUAACCACCAUCUGUGUUUGCGAACUCGCCUGUAGCUUUGCUUUGCUGUAACUCUGGUGUUUAACUACUAACACUUGGCCUACAGUGGCAUGUUCGUGUGGAAGUACGGCGUCUGCCUGUGACGACGGCAGGAAGAGGCCCAGCUGUUGGCAGCUACUCUGCUUGGGGCUUAGACAGUGCGCGUCUGGAAUUUAAACAGGUGGGGAACGAGCUCCACAUCCAGUUGACUGAUUAUUAAGCUGGGACUUAGGUUUCCCUGGCAUCUCAGUCCAAUUACAAUAUCUGUGCACAGAGGCCGGUGGAAAGAAGUGGACUCUGCUGAAUGCAGACAAUAACAGAGGCAGGGGAACCUUCCAGCUCCUGUUGGUUGUGAGCCAGUGUUAGUGCCAUGUGCCCUUUCUGGCCAUUAGGCCCCAAGGGCUCCACAGGGCCAUCUGCCCUCUAUCCCCUGGUGACUAGCUGUGUCUAGAGUCUACUUGGUCCUUGUUGCUGCAGCUUGUUUUCCACUGGCCAGAUUAACCCAUUUCCCACCUAUUGUGUCCUAAAAUCCCCACUGAAAUAAGAUGCAGUCUUUUUAGCCUUAUCUCUCUUGUAAAUGACAAGCUCUGAUUUCACUUCUUACAUUGCUUUCAAACUAGUCUCACCGCACACACACAGGCUUUAGCUAGCUAAUCUUCUCCACUCUUUCCAAUUCUUCCCUGUCCUAUCUACCUCAAGGGUGGGGGGAGGGGGAGUUUGCUGAAGAUCACCACAAAAAUAACUCCUGCUCUUAAAAGCCAGGUGGAAAAUUUGAAAACUUAACUUUUUGCAAAGCUACUUCAAUAUGACAUGUUUGCUAAAUCUGCAUGUCCUCUGUUCCUCCUCCCCACAUCACCUGGUCAACAAGCCUAAGGGGAUAGUACAAGGGGAAUAAUACAGCAGCCUCUGCCAGUAUAAACAGCUACACAGGGAGGCUGCAACGCCUGCUCAUAUCUGCCUGGAGCACUCUUGUCUCCCUCUGCCAGCUCUCUGUCACUGAGACUGACAGUGGUAGGCACAGAGGGAAACGUACAGGCAAAAGGAUCAUUGUUACAUCUUCAGAAUAACAUCGCUUUACUGUGUGUCCUGGAAGAUCCGAGUGUGUCACCGGCAUUAAAAAAUAAAACACUAUGUACUGGUUACAUAUUUUUAAAAGAGUGGUAUAAACAGCAAAAUAAAUAGUAUACAUUUCCAGCCCUUAGCUACAAGAGGAAAUGAGAAUAUUAACAGAUUUAUAGUGAAAUGCCAAAGAUACUUUAUUCAUGCCAUGCUGGCCUUAGUUCUCGUUUGCUUUUUGUUGUUUGUCAGGCUUUGUGAGAUAACUCAUAGAGGUGGUUCUGCAGAAAUACACCCACCCACCUUAUUCCCUGGGUGAUAGGCAGUUCUAGGAGCAAGGAUGCUCCAAUUCCAUCCUACUUUUUCAUUAGGGUGAACAUGUUUAGCAGUUAGCAUUUUUAGACAUAAUGGCUUCAAAACACCUAGAGUUCCACUGGUCCUCUCUGCUCCACACUGAUUACUUUGGAUUUAGUUUCCUGCCUCCGUAGCAAAGACAAUGGUCAGCCUCAUUGCUCAAAAUGCUGUUACCAAGUCAGUAUAACCGAAGUUACAGGAUUCCUUGUGAUUGUUUUCCUGCAGUUAGAUGGUGAUAUACUGAGAGCUUCCUGACACUGAAGCUCUUCAUAAGGCCUAGAUACUAGGGGCCGGAUUGCAGCACACCCUCUCCUUCAGAAGGCUUUAAAAUAUCUCAAUACUGAGGACAGUUUCCCGAGUCCUGCUGGGAAGCAGGUCGUAGACUUCACCUCACAAAAGCACACUAUGGCCCCGGGGAGAGGGGAGGAAUGUCUUCGUUUGUGCCAGAGAAAAGGAUUGGGACGCCUUUUGUCCUUUCCUUAGCACCCUCCCAGGAGGAACCCACUGUCUACUUUUCAAUGAUCUUUAGUAUUGCUAUGAAAAAGUUAUUUUAGGGCGUGGGUACUCUCUGCUGUCAGCUAGUUCACUAUCAUCUGUGUCUUUCUGUCGGCUAUGAAAUUUCUUGGACAAACUACUAUAUUUGAUAGGUGUUGGCCUCAGACAUGGGUCACAUAAACUUCAUAUAAUAGCUUAUUCUAGUGCCUCCUGUCUGUUCUCUAUUAAAAAAAAAAAGUUAGCUAAAUACAGAACAGCUUUAAAAGGGUUUGAUUAACCAGUCCCCUCAACCAAAAAAAAACCCACAGUGGUCUAAAACUAGUCUGCUGCUCUCUGAAUUUCGGGCCUGGCCCACUUGAUGGUGCCAUUAAAAUAUGGAUGCUAGACUAUAAAGGUCAGAAAGUGAGGUUGAGAGACAUAGUCACAGCUGAUCCAUUAUGGUUUUGUUAGUGUUCACUGGGACAGAAGUAAAUCCCGUAGCAGGUUUCCUAUACUGCUGCCACUCAGCAGUGUGGGGCAGGGGAGGGGAGGUGCAUGUUCCCCCUCACUGCAGCCUCCAUUGCCUGUUUCACCUGCCAGCAUUGCGGACCACCAGGACUCUUUGCAUCUCACUACACUGAGGCUAGGAUCAGCCUGACUUAAUGCAAUAAGAGUACAACCAGCAGAGAGUCAUUGUGUUCUUCUAUGAGAGUUCCCUCUAUGCCUGACAUUUCAUAGAUGCUCCACGCUUUGGAGUAUAUGAAACUCUUACCUGUGUUAGGCAUCUGUAUAAUACACACACACACACACACACACACACACACACACACAUACACACACAAGUCUAAAGAAAUACCCAUUAAGUGGCCAGAGGUUCUUGUUAUUGUUAUUUUUCUGUGUCCUGUUCACUCAGAAACAGGACCAAGUCUUUCAUCUCAAGUUGUCUUUCAUUGAAGUCUAAAUUUAAAAAAAAAAUUUUUUUUUAGGUAUUGCUUGUUUUUCCUUGCAUUCCCUUGACUCCUUGUGUUAUUCUUACUGUACAAUAGGCCCGCCUUGGGAUCAGAGGAGACUCCAUUGUCAGAAGAAUCAACACAUCAGGUCUAUACCUCCUGUUACCCCUAACUAUGGAAAUUUAGGAAAAUAAUCUGUCUAGGAUAUUAGUUGUCUCCACCCAUGAAGCGGAGACCUUGCUGUCAACUUUUCAGAACUGUGGUAAGAAUUAAACUAGGGUAUGAUGAAUAAGAAAUUGUUAGUUCUCGCCAAACUAACAAGUACCUAUGACUCCACUAUUACCUAUUGAUUUCAACUGCCAGUGCCUUUGCCAGUAUUUAGAGAACUGGAGUGUUCUGGGGAAAGCCAUUCAGCAGUGAGGACAUUUCGGUUUUGGUCCAGAUUUAAUAUAACCAGUUGCAAUUUAUCCCCCCAAAAAGUUUCAUAUCUGGGCUGUUGAGGUGCCUCCUCAGGUGAAGGCACUUGCCAUGCAAACCUGGGCCCCUGAGUUCAUUCCCUUGAGAUAACACUGAACUAUAAGGAGAUAUAAGGGCCACAACAUGGCCCUCUUACCACCACCUGCACACAUGCAGUAAGAAUAAUAAAUCAUUUAAAAAGGUUCAUCUCUGUUGAGCUUUAGGUAGGAUUGAAGAUGUGCAUUGUUAGAAUUCACAGUUCCUCCUGUGUUACGAAUUACUACUGAGUGUGUGGGAAGGAGUGGCUUCUAGGGCCAUUACCUUACAUAAAUCAUCUCACCAGAUUGGCUUGUACCCCUGUUUUGUCCUCUCUCAAGAGCUCCCAUGGGAACUGGCAGGUCAUACUCCCACACCACACAGCUGUGGAUCAUGUAUUUCAUCAGUCAUCUGCUUUGCUUGUUGGGGAUAUAGUUGUCAUGGUUUUCUUUUUAAAACAGGAGCACAAAAGCCUACACAUAAAACUAAGAAAUGUUGAAGUAGAAAGCACAUGUGCUCACUUUUGACCUCUGAAUAUUCAAAAAGUGCUCUUCUGUCCAUGAGUUUAGCCUGCGUUAGGUUAAGCUACAAAGGCCAGUCAGUCAACCAAAUCAGAUAAAAUAGCCUAGACCACUUGGUUUGGUUUUAUAGGGCACAAACUUCUAACAUUCUUUCCUGGACUUAAUUUGACAUGCUUCUUGCUGCUUGACUCCAUUCAACAAAGAUUAAGCUCCCAGGGUGGCAACAGUCAUAUUGCAGACAUCUGGAAGGAAGUCAGAGAAGGGUAGAAAGGGUGAAACUCGGGAUGCCAGUGUCUCUCAGCUUUGUGUGUUUCUUGUGGUACUUGAAUGGCAAGGCCCUCCCUUCAUCCUUGGGUCAUUUGAAGACUCUGAAAGAACCCAGGACUUCUAUCUGUAUUAAUCCAAAAGCUAAUGUUUGCAAACCUAGUCAACUAUAAAAUGUUACUACAAUACUCUUGUUACAGAUAAUGAAAUAUAUGGAUUUUUUUUCCAUUCAAGAAUAUUAUAUGCUGGACUUUGUCAGCUGUUAAGGCUGUUUUAGUAGCAUUUGGUAGACAGAUGUGUAAGUCUAUAUGCCUCCAUGUCAACCUCCCCAGUAUUUUAGUCCAAGUACUACAUCUUCUAAGUUAAGGCAGAAGGCUCCAGAACAGUCCUCCAGACUCAUAUCAAGUUGAGAGAACUGCUACGCUACCCUUCCAGGCCACCCCAACAGCAUCCCAUGGCUAUCUGAAAGAGUUCUCAGAGUCGAGUCCAGCAAUACCCUUCCUGAUUCAGUCAGCCAUACUGUGUUCUCUUUGGUUUCUACAGAGAGAACAGGCCAAGUAUCUUCAAUCCAUUGGGCUUGUUCAUGGGAGGACUGGCCUUACAUGAAUUGAGCCAAUCCACUUACCCUCAAUACCACCAGCUGAACCACAGAAAAUAUUCACUUGCUGGGUUAACAAAGUCUCUAGGGUUGAGCUGCAAAUAAAGUGUCCAGUAACAGCCUCUGAAGGGACUAGAGCCUUUGCAGAUGCUGAUGGCUGCUGGAAGAUGUGGGCUCUUGAUUAGAAUGAUUUAGAUAUUAACCAGCCAUCCCUAGAGGCAUAUUAAAACUGAUCAGCAUGUUAGAGAAUAAUUUUUAAAGUGAAAUCCAGUAUAACAGAACUUGGUAAAUAUUUUUCAGGUUUUCCUGGCCUCUUACUCUAGGGUGUGGAGGGGCUAGUCACUGCUCUGAAAUCAAGAACCUGCUGAAUAGUUUUACUGACAUUUAUCCAUAGUAACAGCUGUUAUCUUGGGCUGCACUGUCAGCACUGUGCAGAUUUAUCAAAAAGAGCCCAGUAUCUGGAUUGACAACCAACUGACAGGCUUCUGGCCUCUUGUGCUAAAGUUCCACAGUGGAUUUAUCACUCAGGAGCAAAUGCUACACAGGAGGUCACUUGGUCUUAAAGUUACUAUCAAGUUCUAAUUACUAUCCUAAACAAUCUUCCAUAAACAAAGGGAGCUUUCAGAGAUAGUUCAGUCUCCUGCCACUCUAAAAGUGGGAGGCCACACAGUUGCCCUUGUAUGGGUUUCCCUGGACUAUUUCUAGGAUCAGAGCUUAUGGGUACAACACAAUGGCUGGUUUUGUGACCUACACUGGAUAGAGUUUAUCUCCAUGGCAUGGAAUUUAACUGUGAAAGGUGAUUAGAGGAAACCCUGAGGGGAGUCCUCCCUGGGAAUCCAUUCCAUUGGAUUUGCUGCAGUGACUUAGAACUGAACUCUGUCCUACCGGAGAUGUGUCUGACAGCCAUGGAGAGACGAGUUAGCUGCCUUUCUCAGAGGUUAAAUUUCCUUAAUGACACACAGAAGAUCCAGGAAGGCCAAAGUUACAUACAUUUUUCCAAGUGAGUGUACACCAUUAUUUUGGUCUUCAGUACCCUUUCCAAAAACAGGAUUUUAAAUCCACUCUGAUGUUUCAAUCAAGCUAAGUUAAAUUCCUCUCAGAAAUCUUAUGAGUAGCCGGGUAGUCAUUAUAUUUUAACUAGAGGUAGCAGAAGUUUGUUCUGUGUGCACUAGUUUCCUCUAGCUUACGAGUGACUCAGUUGUACUUUGCACCUCACAUAAUCCCAGGAAACACAACUGCAAAGAUUCCCUUAAACACAGCACUUCAGUCCCUGGAGGAGGAGUGUCCAUUAUCUUUGGCUUCAUUGUGUACCAGAGAUCCCAAAUCCUCUGUAAAACUAUGUUAAGUAGCUGGUAUUGCCACUAAAGCCCCAGAUUAUUCCUUUUGUCUAUGUCUAAAAGUUCCUGUUGUUCCUCUACCUUGUUUCUAUCUCCAAGCCAGUGCUGCACACCAUACCAUCUCCAGCCUGUCAGCUCUCCAUGUGGUCCUCACCUCUCAACAUCUCUGUUGCUCAGCUUUGUCCCUUCAAGUCAGUGCUCUCUACCUAACAAGGUUGUACUGGUGGUAGGGGGGAAUAAGAUGUCUAGGGGCUAUCUUUUAAGAGAGAUCGCUCCUUCAAAGUGCUUUUACAAAAGCCCCUGGGCUUAGAAAUGAGAAACUCCCUAGCUAUUAUAUUUUUCUAUUCUUAUUUUGCUAUUUUUACUUCUGAAGAGUGAUCCCUGUCUGAAAAGAGGCUUUAUCCUGGUUUUUAACUCUUUCUCUAUUAGCCCUCUCACACUGGCAGCUCCACCUUGUGUUCUGAACUUCUUACUCUGACCCAAAACUAAGUCUUUGCAGUGGAAACCCCAACUCUUGUACUUCUAUUUUAAAAACCCCAACUCUUGUACUUCUAUUUCUUCUUCUGCAGAAGAAACUAGCUUUUCCCAUGGGAAACUAGUGAGGCCUCAUUCUGCCUCCAUGCAGGUCUCACAACAAGCCUUACUUCUUGAUUCAUGAGCAGAGGCAAACUAGUUGUUUCUUGGUAUCUAGAUGUUGAUUCCUGGCUCAUAAUUGGUAGAAGCAUUUAGCACAUGGCUUGUACUUCAUUAAUGGAUGAUGAGUAAUCUAGAUAGCCUUCAAAUAGGAGAGGGUCUAGCUCCAUCUGGAAUCCCUUUGCCCCCACUAUUUGCAAAAGAAGUAUACUUUGCUGUAAAAGUAGAAUUUUGUUGCUUGUUUUUUUUAAUUAUUUCCUUUUUGUAGAGAGUUUGAUGCUAUGUGUUCUUGCUUGUGAGAAAAGACCCAAGUUAUAAAUUUAAGCAUUAGAACUGAAACAGGUAAUAGUAUAGUUGGGUGAAGAAAAUCUAGCUCAGAUAUUGUGAAACACAAAAAGAAACACAAAGAACAGCUUCAACUUUGAUAUUAUCUUUUAAAUAGUAAAUGUUAAUGUGGUUUUUAGACAGUCCUUAAGUUUCCAGAAAUUUUCUUUUAUUUUUGCAUUUUGGACUAUAUGGAUCUUUAGAUAUUUUGAAUAAAGUCUUUUAUUAUCUAAA